AUGGAGGAUGAGGAAGUGCCUGACGCGAUGGCCAAGGUAGCCAUCAAGCUUGUCAGCGAUGGGUUCAUUGAUACAUGGAUGACUGCAGAUGAAUCAGCAGCCUUCCAGAAAAGUGUUGGCCGCACAGCGGGCUGGGGAGGCAUGCACAACAUCCAGGAUGACUUGCAGUUUGUGUCAAACUACGGUGAGCCGCCUGGAAAGGAUCUGGCACACUACUACGCUGUGGAUCAGUGUGAUGCGGAUUACAUUGCCAUCGUAGAGUCGGACAACAUCAUGUAUGCGAGGCAUGGGUAUUCUUGGGUCGAGGAAGCCAUAUUGGGCCUGAGA